UGGCCGCCACGGGGAACGCUCGCGGCCGCAAGUGAGCGACGUCGCGUGCGAAUAUGUGUGGUUCAGAUACGUUUUUCUUCAUCACCAGAACAAACCAUGAAGUGCAAGGUGACAAGUUCGGUCAGCCAUGCUAAGCCAAACAAAAAUGAAGCCAAUGUGCUGCGUAGAUCCUCUAGACGAGCAACCAUUGAGAGAAGAGUUUGGGCUGUACCUAAGAAGCCCAGCAAACCUGGCACAAGUGCCAAAGGAAAGUGUGCUCCUAAGACCGACAAGAAAGGUAGAAAGACUCAAACUCAAACCAAAGUGCAAAUUAAGAAUCUGAGCAAGAGUCACCCUCAGCAGAACAUCAAGAGAGUGCAUAGUGCCACAGAGGAAUCUGGAAAUUCCAGGAGAAAGAUUAAGAAAACAGAGGGCACAAAAGAUGUUGGAACUGAUGGAAGUGGCACAAGUGAAGUGCCUUCAGAACCUGUUAGUAAAAGAGGAAAGAAGUUAAGUGGAGAUCACAGUGAGAAGAACCUUGAAAGUGAUGAUGGGGCAGACUUUCGCUCCCAGAAAAGAUGGGGUUAUACAGAAAGUAGCUUGGAUGGUCAAAGUGUAGACACUACACGAAACACCAGGUCUGAAGGGAAAGUGAAUACUUCUAGAAGGACAGAGUGGUGUGGGGGUACUUCGUCAGAGAGUACUAGAGGGAAUAGCUUAGAUGCUCUGUGUUAUGCUGUUGAGAAAUAUGGUGGGCGAGAUGUGGAGGAAACAUUGUUAACAGAUGAUGUUUGUCUUCACAAAGUUGUCAUUGAGGAAGUAGUAACUGACUACAGGAUAUCCGAAUCAAACUGUGAUGUUAAAGAUUUGGAUGUUGAACACAAAGUCAGGGAGGAUAUUGGUCACAAAGAUGAGUACAGAGAUGCUGUGGAUAUAUUAGACAGUUUUCAUAGUAAAACAGGAGAGUGUGAUAAAGGAAAUAGUGAGAAGUUAUUAACGAAAAAAAAUGAGAGUAUAGAUGUAGUGAAAGUUAAGUCCCCUGUUUUGGAGGUGAAGGAAAAUUCUUCAGAUGGAACAAGUAUAGAAAGCAUAUUUGGUGAAGAAGGGGUACAAGAAGUGAAAGACACACUUGUCAAAGAUGAGCUGAAUGAAGGGGAGAGUUAUACAUCAGUCCAAGAAGGAUUGAGUAAUGUGAAGGACCUUAGUUGCAAUGAGGAUAGCUUACAAAGACAAGAAAAUCUUUGUGUUGUUAGAGAUAAAUUGCAAGAAGGAAGAAGCAGUACUGUUAAAGAUGUGAAAAGUGAAGGGAAGAACUUGUGCUCUGCAAUAGAUGAUGAACUUUGUGGAGUUCAUUCUUGUGAGGACAAACUGGAUGAAAGCAUUUCAAGAGAUAAGGAACUGGCAAAGGAUCAGUGUGCUUCUGUGAAAGUGAAAUUGGGGAAGCGUGGGAAAGAAACAAAGGAAAAACAGAGUGAAAACACAUGCAAUAUUGAUGUUGAUGAAGAAAAGAAGAGAAUAAAAGAUGGCACUGAUAGUGAAAACACAGAGGAGCAAGAGAGUGACAGUGGUGUGGAAGUUAAGACUGCAUCCAACAUUCCCUUAAAAAAUGAAGGUAUGGGGGUGGUUCCAACAAACACAGAGGCUGCAGCAGGGGAAGAUUCUGAAGAAGAUCAUGUAUCGCUGGCUCUGGCUCUGGCACAGCUGGUCAAUUCAGAAUGUGGGGGAGAAGUUGAAGGUGCUGAGACUGUCACCAUACAUUCUGCCUCAUCUGUAGAUCACUUGGAAGAUGAAGCUGGAGUUGUUACCCUUGGAUGUAAAGCAGAAGAGGUGGACAGAACAGAAUCACCAUGUCCAGCUGAGGAAGAUGAUAUGGAAGAGGAGGAGGAGGAGGAGGAAGGUGAACUUAUCAUUAAAGAGGAGGAUGAAGAUGAAAUAGGUGAUGAGUCUGAGGAGGAAGAAUUCAUCACAGAACUCAAGCAGAAUAGCAAGGAAGAUGAUAGUCGAGAAGAAACUGAAAGCAAAGAUCCGCUGCCUGUGACUGUGCCAGAAAGGAUAACAGACCAGCUGGACUGCCUGGUAGAGAUGGGUGGGGAAGAAGAGGAUAAAAAUGCUCGAUCCAGGAGUGGAUCGCCUCCACCACAGCCACCGCCACAGAAGUCCAGGAAACAGCUCCCUCCACUCAUCAAAAUCAGCUCUCGACCCCCAGCUAUCAAGACUCCAUUGAAGUGUCCAGAAUGCCCCAUGCAGUUUUGCACUGUGCGAUCAUUAUUGUGGCAUUUUGGAACUCAUGGAGCAAGAUCAAGAGACACCUGCAUUCCUCCAAUCCUUCUACAAGAUCUGAUUGUUCCAUGGGACAAGCCCACAGUUUCUGUUUUCAUCUCACAACCUACAGAAAGUGCCACAGCAACACCCACAUCAUCAGUUGCAGACAAUGCAAUCAAAAUUGAUGUAGUAAGCAAGCCAGAUGUACCGUCAACAAUACAACUGGUUAGAACAGAAGAUUACAUGGGAAACAAUGGAGACGUUAUUCUGAAAGUACCAAUUCCCAGACUGAAACCCAAGUCUCAUUCAAAUCAGUAUGUCAAAAAAGAUAAGUUUGUAAACAUACUACCAAAGAUACCUACAGGUGAUGGGCAAGUGUCAGGUCAGUCCACCCAAGCUAGCCCUCAGCCAGCACUGAUCCGGCCAUCUGGAUCACCUACUCCACAGAUCACUGUUCAUCCUCAGCCAGCAGUUCAGUCCACAGUCAGUAUACCUUCAGAUCAGGCAUCAACAACUCAGUCUCAGGUUCCAAAGAUCACCAUUAGGGCAAGUAAUAAACUUCAGAUUCAGCCAUUGGCAUCAUCACAGUCUACGGUGCAAGUGCAGUCACCAUCAGCGGUUCAGGUACAGCCACCAUCAUUACAAGUACAGCCUCAGUCUGCAGUACAAUUACAGCAAUCAACAGUGCAAGUUCAGCCCCAGUCUGGGACACAGUUGCAGCAGCCAUCUGCAGUUGCAGUACAGUCACAGUCUGCCUUGCAGGUGCAAACUCCAACAGGAGUGCAAGUCCAGCCAUCACCUGCACUGCAAGUUCAGCCCAUUGUAACAACUAGUAAGGGUUCUUCUGCUGCUCCUAGUCAUAUAACUUUAAUCCCUAUGGACAAGUUAACUGCAGUAGGUCAGACCAUUAAUCCAAGGGGAUCUAAGCUUAACCCAGCUCCCUUGAGAAUGGUAGCCCCCUCAACAAUGCCUGUCAAAUCGUCAAACACAGUGGACAAUGUGCUGGAGAAGGAUGGCUUGGUUAUGAUCAACUCAAACCUUGCUCUUCGCAUAGUAUCAUCCUUGCCCAGCAGUUUGGACAGUGCGACUAACACAACAAAUACCACCACUCUUAGACCAAUAGCUAGUCAAUCCACAAACAACCUGACUAUUGUGCCACAGACAGAAAGCAACAAACUAAUCAACUCCUCUAAGAUAGAGACUGCAAAAAGUCCUGACAUUCUUACAAUUGUUCCUCAAGUUGAUUUGAAUAAAAAAGUUUCACUGUUAAAAUCUGGGAGUUCAGUGUCUGGUGGCCAAGUUGCCAGUGCAUCACCAAAACAGCCAUCAACGGCCCAGUCCCAGGUUGUAAAGCUAUAUCUCCUUCAACCCAAAGAUCCAAAAGCAAAUGGAGGUUCACUAAAAUCAGGCAUUACAUCAGAAGCAAGUAAUGUUAAUGGAAUAGAAAUACCACUUCCUCUACCUAAUGGAAAUGAAAAGCUCAACUAUAGAGAAGUAGAGGUGAAAGAUAAUACAUCAGAAUCAUCAGAAGGAGAGGAGGAGGAGGAGGAGGAGGAGGAAGAUGAUGAUGAUGAAGGAAUGGUAAUUGAUGAUGGCAAGGAAGGAGAGGAUGAUGUAAUGGAUCCCCUGAGUUUAUGUGCUGUGACAAUGGAAGAUGAGAAUUUAGAAGCUUUAAACAAUGCAAGCCAAACUACCCAGUCUGGUGGGUCCUCUCCUGCCACAUCACCUGAUAAGGUUAUCAUAAAAAAGUUGCCAGUAAGGCCCAAAGGCAAAAAUGGACAAGCUGUUGAUAUUGUUAAAUAUGAGGCCCGAAAGUAUGUGUGUUGCUAUUGUAACAGGAGAUUUGGAUGGUCAACUGAUCUCAAGCGUCAUGUUAUCCUCCACACUGGUGAGAAACCUUUCCAGUGUAAAGUGUGCCCAACAGCAUUUACCAGAAAGUUCCUUUUACAGAAUCAUAUGAAGAGAAUGCACCCAGACAAGUGUAAGAUGUCAGACCUGUGGCCUUAGGAAAGUUAGGCUGUUAUGGUCUUUAGCUUGUUAUAAUAUAGCCAGUAGAUGAGUGAUUUUUAUAAUGAGUUGCACAGACAACAUAGUUGUUGAUAUUGGUGCUGAAAAAAGAGAAAGAUUAAUAUUCAAGUACACAAAUUGCCAUGAUGUACACCUUUGGGAGUUCAUGCAUGUGGAUGCUUGGACACUAGUCAACAUAUCCUUUUAAAGUCAAAAGAAUUAUAUCAUACUUUUCAGAUUUCUAAAAUAUAGAAGAUGUAUUAUUAGUAAAGCAUUUGUAACAGGUCCUAAUAGGGAAUCCUUUCUUGAGUGUUCUUUGUCCCUUGCAAAGUAAAAUAUUUUUGUUUUAGGAUAAUGAAGAUAUAGAAAUUAUUGAAGAGGUCAUGACUUUUUUUUUAUUAGCUUACAAAAAAUAUGCUAAUUGAGAGUAUGACUUAAUUAUGUUUUUGGGAGAAAUACUUUCAAUUUUUCUGACUUGGUUUUCUGCUCACAUAGCUCUUGAGAAAUCUAUAUUUUUCCACAUACAAUCUUGAACCAUGGAUGGCAUUUGUCUAAGGAAAUUAAGGAAAUGAUGGGGUUGUACUAUAUAAACUGAUGGACAUAUUCAUUUUUUUAUGAUUACUUAUAUUCCAAUAUUAUUUUGUAGAUUUAUCAUGUUCAUUUUUCUUUCUUUCUUUCUUUCUUUUUUUGAGUUUUGCAAGUUACCAAAGAUAAUUACAUUCAUGUAUCAUAAGGCAAGGAUAAAGGAAUGAAUAUGAAAAUUGAUAACAAUGAUGUAAUUAUUGUUUUUUUAAUUAUCUUAAUUAUAAUGAUUUUGCGAAAGUGCUUUAGAUAUAUAGUUCGCUAUUUAUUUUGACUUUUAUUAUUAUCUGUAGAUAAGUGAUAUUUGAUUUAUUCAUACAAUUUUGUUCUUUAAAAUUUUCCUUAUUUUGUUAUGUAUUCAGUAGUGAAGAAAAAUAUUUGUAAUUUUAGUAUGCAGAAUAUUGUGCUCCCAUUUCUAUGCAGUGUAGCUGUAUUGCCUGUUGUUACUCUUCAUUUGCAGGAAGGACGAGUUUGGAUGUAAGUAAAUCUAGAGCACAUACCGGGAGGCUUUGUCGUCCAUUCAGUUGUUGGUUUCAUAAGCAUUGUACAAAGUUGGACCAUGUAUUUGAGAUACAAACAGAAAACGAAAUUGAGUUACAAUUUCAGUUGUUGCCAGUGCCAUAUAGAUACUAGGAUGAUCAAAGAUGCAGUGACAAUGUUUAUAAGUUCCUUCUUUAGUGAAGUGAGCUGCUAAUAAUACUUCUGGGUACAUUUGCCAUGACAGGCCUAUUAUCUGGGGUGUACUUACAGGAGUCUGGUGUGCUUGCAAAAGUUGUAUGAACAAGAAUCUACAGUAUGUAUGAACAAGAAUUUUCUGUACUUGCAUGUCCCAGUUGAUUGUACAAGAACUGGUUGUGUAUACACAAGCCAUUUAUACAAGAUUUAAUUGAGCUACUAUUUAUAUAUCAAUACUGCUGAAGUGACUUGAUAGUGAAGGACAGAGUUGGGCAUUUGAUGAGGUAACCAAAUGGAUAACUUUUUACAGUCUUCAGGCUUUUGUUACAUGCUAGAGUCUUUUACUCAUAAUUUGAUACAAAAUUAGCUUGGGCUUCUGUGUGCCAUGAACAGAGAAUGUAAGAUUAAUUAUUUACUACCCCAUUGAUGGAGAAAUGCCUUUUCAUUAGUUAUCGUUCUUUCACAGAGCAUUGAGACUGCAUCGCUUAUUGAAUUUUACAUUAAUUUGAAUUUUCCAAAUUUCACUUUACUUUAAGAGUAAAAUUAUUUUCCCUUGUUAUGUUUUUGUACAACUGAGACCAGUAUAUUGAGUCUUAUCUUCUCAGCAAAUUAAUUGAUAUUGCUGAAAAGGCAAGUUGGCAUCCUAACACCACCCCAUGCAAUUGAAAGUGUAUAUGUGAAAGAGAGUAAAAGUGAGAUAUUUUUCUUCUGCCUUUUCUCUCAUUUUUUAUUGUUCUAGUUUAUAGUACUUUGCACAUGUUUAUAACCAUAAUGCAGGAGUACAUGUAAGUUAUGUUUAUGUUUUUCAGUGCACUCAAAUUCUGUAUCAUCAGCACUAGAGCAAGAUGUAUAUCACUAUUUUACAUUUUUCACUUUUUUUCAUAUUAGGUAAAGUUCUACAUCUCCAUAAUUUUGCAUGUUUGUCACUGAAUAAAUCUAAUGCCUUGACCCCAGAGUGGCAACAGUUUAGAGAUGUCAUAUAUGAAGGGUAGCAUUUGUUUAUUUCAUUAACCAUUAGGUAAGUCAAUGCUAUGAUUCAUAUUAAAUGCUGAGUGACAUAUAUCCAUUGAUUUUAAGGUUUUAGAGCUUGAUUACAUAGUCUUGGAUAAGAUCAGAUUUUUGUAACUCAGAUUCUAUGUUUUAUACAGUCAGUUUUGCAUAAUCAAAUAUUGAGAUGUUUGUAUUGGGGCUCUUGCAAAACCCUCCUCAGCACAGUUGUGAAUAUGCACUGAAUUCCCCCAUAGAUUUUACAUGGUACAACAGCUACUCACAAAGGCAGACCGAUAAUAUUUAAUAAUAGUUAUGAGUCUGAAGUAAAUCAGCACUUUCUGAUUGUUAUGCAAAAGUUGACCAGCAAGCGAUGGAAGCUCUCUUAUACUGUUGCUAGAGUCAUCUGAAUAUUUUUAAAUGCUGUGUUCAGCAUUUUUAUUUUCUCUGGAUUGUCAAUUUUGAAAUAAUUGGAUUGUAAACAUGAUAAGACUUGUGGCUUAGCAAAAGAUGCACUGGUUAAAAAGCCACUUCUCUAUGUAAAACAAAUUUGUAGCUUAUUUUUAUGCAGUUUUGCAGAGUAUUUUUCACAUUUUCCUAUUCACAUCACUGUAUAUAAUCAAAGGAAAUAGUCAUUACUUCUCAUCAAGCAGGCAAUUUUGGAUGCUUCAUUACUGUAUUCAUAUAUGCAAAUGAAAUUUUCUCUCCUCCUCCUCCCCCUCUCCCCUUUUUAUCCACCCCUCCCCUUCCUUCUCCCCUCUCCCCUUUUUAUCUUCCUCUCACCGUACCUCUUCCUUAUCCUCCUCCCUCCCUCCCUCCCUCUUAUCUUACCUUACUCUUAUUCGUCCUACUCCUCCUUUCUCUUCCCCCUCCUCUCCCCCUCCCUUCCUCUUCUUGGAGUGUUGAGAGAAAUAAAGUGUGUCAGGAAUCAGAAGUCAGUCGUGAGUUCGUGUUUUACAUGUCUGCAUUCUAAGCUAUGAUCAUCUUCCUGCAUUUUAGGUUUUAUUCUCUCUUAGGCUUUGUUUGUGAACUUGAUAAUAUAUUUUCAUAUGUUGGUGUCUGUAUCUGUGUGUGGGUAUGUGAAGAUCAGCAAAAUAGUGAAGUGGUAGUGGCAGUGGUACCUUCUUCAUUUUAACAUGAUCAGUAAUAUUACUUGUGUACUGUCUUGAACUUUUCUUUCAUUUCUUCUUUCUUUCUUUUCUUUUUUUUUACUCUCCUUUCCUGCAUUCUGUAUGGUUUGUGGAAGGGCACUUUGUUUGCUUUCCGAAGUGUCACCAUUAUCAUUACUGUUUUUCUUGUGAUCAAAAAUCUUUGUGUCUAAUUUCUUUAGUUACUAUCAAGGACAUUCUUACUUAUACUGUUUGUUACUAUUAUAAUUACUAUCAUUAUUGUCAUUAUUGUUUUUUCCAUGGGAGCUAUUGUUAUUAUUAUUAUUUUUAUUAUUAAUAUUAAUAUUAAUAUUAAUGUUAUUAUUUUAUUGUUAUUGUGUUGUGUUAUCAUCAUCUCAGUUCCUCUUAUUAUUACUAUAUUAUUAUUAUUAUUAUUAUUAUUAUUAUUAUUAUUAAUUUUGUCAUUAUUAUUUUUAAUAUUAUUGGUCUUUAUAUUACUACUGUUUUAUUAUUAUCAAUUAUUAUUAAUGAUCAUUAGUAGUUUUUUUACAUUACUAUUUCUGCUACUACUACUAUUACUCUCCCAUUACUCUUGCCAUUGCUAUUGCUUUUGCUGUUACUGUUACUAAUACCAAUAAUAUGUAUUACCUUUUUUUUGGAUUUGGAAGUAUUAUCAUUAUUAUUAUUAUUAUUAUUAUUAUUAUUAUUACUAUUACUAUUAUAACCAUUAUCAUAAUUUUUUUUAUAGUAGUUGCAGUAAUGGACUGAUGGAGGGGAAAUUUAUGGCCAGUUAUAUACAGAGAAUAUUUUAUAGAUUGUUUUGUCUAAUUUUUAUUAUUCUUUUCUAAUGUUUCUGACUUUCUUUCACAGUGCCAUGUAUAAGUGCAUUUGGAAGUGUGUGUGAAUGUUAAGUGAUUUGAAACUAGAAUGAUUUUGCAGCAAUGCUUAAUAAGUACAGUCAAUAUAUUCAUUAAAUGGUCCCCCCUUUUUUUUUUUUUUUUUUUUUUUUUUUUUUUUUUUUUUUUUUUUUUUUUUUUUUUUUUCUUCUUCUUCUUCUUCUUCUUCUUCUUCUUCUUCUUCUUCUUCUUCUUCUUCUUCUUCUUCUUCUUCUUCUUCUUCUUCUUCUUCUUCUUCUUCAUAUUGGUACCAUUUUAUUAUAAAAAAAAAUCCUUUUGUAAGAGAAUGGAAGGAUUUGGAAUAUUGACUGUAUGUUGCAUAUUCUAGUCUGUGUCAUAUGUUUUAUGUUUCCUUGGAGAAGUUUCUCGUUAGAAGUACAAAUAUAGAAUGGGAUAGUUCAUUUCUUCAAUGCCACAAAGAUGACUUCUGAUGUAUAAUUAUAUUUAUGCAAUUUUAGUUAACUAUGCUGCAGAAUCCUCAUAAAAGGAAAUUUCACUGACCCUCCAAGUUUUUGUUAUUUAUUGAUGAUAUAUGCCACACAAUGACUUAAGAUGGGAUAUUCAAUUGUAAUACCAAAAUAGUCUAUGGAUAGUCAUGGAAUGUAUUCCUAUAUACUGUAUAAAUUUUUAUGAAGGCUUGUGUACAAGUGCAGAUUUUUACUGAAGUACAGUUUUCAUAUGUAUGUAGUUAUGUCUUUAGUCUACAUAAUGUAAUUGCUGUGUUAAUGUUGAGUAUGAACUUUAUUUAAAAAAACAUUGUAAUCUGUACAUAAUGUGCAGUGAAAGUCUGAAAAGGUGAAGUAAGCCUAUCAAAUGAAAAGCCCCAUUGUUGU